AUGGGGUACAUGCAUCUUCUUUCUCUCUUCUUCACACAGAUAAUACUACUCCUAGUACUACUGCUAGUUGCUGAAACGACAGCCAAGGUACCAGCAAUCAUAGUGUUUGGAGAUUCAUCUGUUGAUGCUGGAAACAACAAUGUGAUUUCCACGGUUCUUAAGAGCAAUUUCCAGCCUUAUGGCCGCGAUUUCGAAGGUGGUCACCCCACAGGGAGAUUCUGCAAUGGGCGCAUACCUCCUGACUUCAUUUCUGAGGCAUUUGGUCUCAAGCCAUCAAUUCCAGCUUACUUGGAUCCAUCGUAUAGCAUAUCAGAUUUUGCCACUGGCGUUUGCUUUGCUUCUGCUGGAACUGGCUAUGACAAUGCAACUUCUAAUGUGUUAAAUGUGAUACCCUUAUGGAAGGAACUAGAGUACUACAAGGAUUACCAGAAUAAACUGAGAGCCUAUGUCGGCAACCGGAAGGCAAAUGAGAUAUUUAGCGAGGCUCUGUACCUGAUGAGCUUAGGAACGAAUGAUUUCCUCGAAAAUUAUUACACAUUUCCAACCAGGAGAUCUCAAUUCACCGUCAGACAAUAUGAGGAUUUUCUAGUUGGACUUGCAAGAAAUUUCAUUACAGAACUGUACCAUCUUGGUGGUAGGAAAAUAUCUUUAACUGGUGUUCCUCCAAUGGGGUGUCUGCCAUUGGAGAGGACCACAAAUAUCAUGGGUCAGCAUGACUGUUUACAGGACUAUAACAAUGUGGCCGUGGAAUUUAAUGGGAAAUUAGAGCGUUUGGUAUCACAAUUGAAGAGGGAGCUUCCUGGACUCAGGAUGUUGUUUACAAGUACUACAUAUGAUAUUUUCUAUCAAAUCAUUAGAAGUCCUGCUGCAUAUGGUAAGCUCUACUCUUCUUUCACUAAAGAAUUUUGA